AUGUUACGUGCUGAGCUGCACCCAAUGCUUUCUCUUGUCAUUAUGCGUAUACAACGCUAUUUCCAACAAUGUUCAUCCUUUACACACGUUCACCGAUUUCUGAGCCGCGCAAUCGAGCUCCUCAUUAACCUUACUCGACGCUUUCGUCACUCAUCACGGGUUCAAGAUGAAGAAAAGGCAUCGGCAACGACAUACGAGGUUCGAUCUCUGCAGCCAAUUGGCGAAUAUAUUUGUGCUAGUCAACUGCCGCCGAGCUCGAGUCCAGAUAGCAGACCAAGUGAACCGUGUUCCCCAUCAGACACUCCCUAUGACCCACCUACGCGUAUUGUAAUACCCCGUCGCCCAACCAGGCAACAUACAUCUCAUGAAGUCAUGUCCAGUCCUGAACGUUUGACAGUGCCAGGUCCGCCAGAAAUAAGGGAGUCCUUCCCCGACCGCGCACCACCUACUCCCACUUCUACUACGGCCACAACUCGUCCUCCCAUUUCCGUGAACACCAGGUUCAACAAAAGUUUUCUGAGUGGCUACCCAGACCUUUCCCAGAUUUCACCGAGCCAGCGGACGCCUAUUUCACCAGAUGAUUUCGUUCACCGUCCUACACUUUCUCGUGCAGCUACUUUCGGUGGUAGCUGCUCGGAGGGCCCGUCACUCACCACACGGUCUUAUCUGAGCCCCCGUCGGCAUACAUUGGCAGUGCCAAACUCUCCAGACCGUGAACCCAUAAGCCGACCAGGCAGCGCCCAGUCAAAUGUGUCUCUUGGUCGAAAUUCAUAUCGAAAACAUGAUGGACAAGCCCCACGCCCUCGCUCCCCCACUCCGAGCCUUUACGAAAGCUCAUCGAAUAUGUGUGGCCCAUCUUCCGCUACCCUCGCCGCGGCUGUGGCGUCGGAUGCUGAUGGCUCACAGGUUCCUUUUGCUCCGCGCGCUUCAUCUUCAGGCCAUGCGCAUUCGAGGGACACUACUGGACCACGUUUUGCUCCAAUGUCAGCGAAUGGAGUCAAGCGUUUUGAUCGACAUUCCCGAGAAUUUGCUAUGAUCGAUCCUUCAAUAUCUGACUACAAGAUCAAGGCUUACCAAGUCGAAUACCCCAGUCACGACGGAAACCUCCCAGAAGGCUGGACGGCGCAUGUACACCCGGAAGGUGCCCGCUACUUCCUGCAUGCACAGACAGUGAGUGAUGAUCUUUCCCGCUGUGUUAUAGUUACAAAUCGACCCCAGAGAACAUAUACGGAGUCAGAUGUCUGUUCACAGGAGGUAUUGCACGACAUCACCUACUUUUCAAAUUAUCUUCACGGAGAACUCCGCAUCGCCAUUGACACCAAGAAGAUUGACGUUGACUACGACGAUGUAGAACUAGUGCUUGAGCCGAAGAAAGCAGGUUGUGCGGAUAUCAUAUGCUGCUACUACUUCGUCAACCCUCCAGAGAGAUGUCUGUUCUGGCUAGAUGAAUAUGAUGCAGAGGAUAUGCUAGGGGAAUGUCGGGGGGUUACCGCUUUAUCUCACAAACGACUGGCAGUUCAAGCUCAAUACUGGUGUGUGUCACUACCAAAGAAGCACUGGGAAUUGUUUCCCAACCUUUGCCCAGUUGCGCACGAUAUAUUGGACGAGCUAAAGGAACUUAUGCUUCAUGCCACUUGCGAUCACCUCACAACCACACGAUCUGCAGCAGCGUUAAGCGCCGAUGAACUCAAGCAGUACUUUGAAAUUGUGAAGUGGAUAAAGGGUAAUGCCACGCCUAUGCUUCUUGUGAGGGCGAUAUACCCAUCUUCGAUAAUGCUGUUGAUCAGACGAACAGGGCGACUUAUGCACACCUUCUGUCGCAACCAGUACCUGAACUUCCAUGGUCAACCAUGUGCUCGGUUAAGUGUCGACCAGACAGUGCGCGGCUGGAGUUAUAAGCCAUCGAUUUACAUGACUAUAUUUGCUCCACUCCUAUGCAUGGCCCCCGUUGCUCACGUAAGGUCCCUGCAUACCAGCUUUGUAGACGAUCUCGCAAGUACCUCGGAGUGGAAGAUAUUCAUCACGAAACUGAAUGGGCAACUCCAGAACCUAAACCUUCUUGGUACGGUGCUACUUGGUGCCAAUGUUGGUUUUCUGGCAAUCCAAUCAGUCGACUCAGGUGCCGGGCGUUCACCGACGCAAAUAGCUAGUUACAUGUCGCUGGUUCUUAGUUUCGGCUCUAUUUCCCUGGGUCUGACGUUCAUCACUCUGGAUCUCACUGGCAGGGAUCGCGGCUCUGAGGCUUCAAGAUUUUUGCAACGGAUGAAUGACGGAAAACACGGCCUGGAAAAGUUGGCGAUGAUCUACAGUCUCCCUUACGCAUUGCUCAUGUGGAGCAUGCUCUUCUUCAUCGCGGCAUUCUCCUACGAAUGGUGUAAACCCGGAGACGCAGUUUCUAGGUCUAUCGUCGGUGCCGUACUACUUACUGUCUGCGGGCUCGUCGUCUGGUGUAUAUCCGUGGCAUCCGAUAAGCGUGCGCCGUGGUGGUGGGAGUCAGACCAACCGGAAGUGGUCAGCAAGGUGACUAGCGAAGAGACCAACAAGCGCCCGGAUAAUAAGCGUCCCAGUCUUGCUUCUCGUCUGCGCGGCUGGUUUGCUACCGCAAAUAAACGAGUUUCAGUGGCUUCUGUUCGCAGUGCACGCAGCGGACCACCACCUCAUACCCGAGAGGGGACUCGGAUGUCCGUACCGCUCAUCUCGUUUAGGCGCGCGACAGUGAGCCAGCAGAAUCCACCCAAGAUCACCGUGACCCAGAGACCUGAAUCAGGGGAAGCAAAUGGCACGAGCCGCACUCCGGUAUCAGAGGUGGGAGUGGGCUAUAUGGGAUAUAUUUGA